AUGGUCAAAGUUACUAUCAAGACCUUACAGCAGAAGGUCUUCACGAUCGAGACUGCUGAAUCGGAUACCGUUCGCGAUCUCAAGUCCAAGAUUAGUGCCGAGCAGGGUCACCCAGUAGAGAACCAGAAGAUUAUAUUCUCGGGCAAGGUCCUAGCGGACGACAAGGCGAUCGCGUCAUGUAACAUCAAGGAGAAGGACUUCUUAGUCCUCAUGGUGGCAAAGGCAAAGCCCGCGACCCCAGCCGCCACCACGCCUGCCGCAUCUACUCCCGCGCCCUCUACGCCCGCACCAGCACCAGCACCCGCUGCCACUCCGGCACCUGCCGCCGCGCCUGCACCCACACCUGCUGCAGCCCCCGCACCGGUAGCUUCCGAGCCUGCGCCUGCUGCACCCGCUCCGGCGCAACCCUCUGGCCCAUUCAAUGAGAGCUCGUUCCUCACCGGCGAUCAGCUCCAGUCGACCGUGAACAACAUGGUCGAGAUGGGCUUCGACCGCGAGCAAGUUCUCCGCGCACUGCGCGCAAGCUAUAACAACCCCGAUCGUGCGGUGGAGUACCUCUUCAACGGUAUCCCGGCGCAUCUUGAAGCGCAAGCGAACGCCGCUCCUGCUGGAGGCGCUGCCGCACCGCGUGCUGCCCCGGCGGCACCUGCAGCCCAGGGUGGCGCACCCGCCACCGCCGCACCCGCCGAGCCUGCCCAAGCCGCGCAACAGCCCGCGGCGCCUGCAGGCGGCCCGCAGAACCUCUUUCAGCUCGCUCAGCAGCAACAAGCCAAUACGGGCGCAACGCCUGCUGGCGGCCCUCGCCUGCCCGCCGGCGGUGGUCUCGACAUCAACGCACUGCGCAACAGCCCGGAGAUUGCACAAGUCCGCGACCUGAUCGCGCAGAACCCUAAUCUUCUCCAGCCGAUGCUACAGGAGAUGGCCGCGCGCAACCCCGGUUUGGCACAGCAGAUCGCGCAGAACCCUCAAGCGCUGUUUGAGCUGUUCGCUGAUCUUGGGCCGGAGGGGAUGGAGGGUAUCGAGACUCCCGAAGGAGGCAUUCCUCCUGGUGCUCAGGUUGUGAGCGUUACGCCGGAAGAACGCGCGGCGAUUGAGAGACUCGAGGCGCUAGGCUUCCCAAGGCAGGCAGUCUUGGAGGCGUACUUCGCGUGCGAUAAGAAUGAGGAGCUCGCCGCGAACUAUUUGUUCGAGUCUGGAUUCGAGGAUGAUGCGUGA